UGUCAUCCGUUGUGGCCCUGGGAGCCAACAUCAUCUGCAACAAGAUUCCCGGCUUGGCCCCCCGGCAGCGCGCCAUCUGCCAGAGCCGGCCCGAUGCCAUCAUCGUGAUUGGGGAGGGGGCGCAGAUGGGCAUCAACGAGUGCCAGUACCAGUUCCGCUUCGGCCGCUGGAACUGCUCUGCCCUGGGCGAGAAGACCGUCUUCGGGCAGGAGCUUCGAGUAGGGAGCCGAGAGGCCGCCUUCACCUACGCCAUCACCGCGGCCGGCGUGGCGCACGCGGUCACCGCGGCCUGCAGCCAGGGCAACCUGAGCAACUGCGGCUGCGACCGCGAGAAGCAGGGCUACUACAACCAGGCGGAGGGCUGGAAGUGGGGCGGCUGCUCGGCCGACGUGCGCUACGGCAUCGACUUCUCGCGGCGCUUCGUGGACGCCCGGGAGAUCAAGAAGAAUGCACGGCGCCUCAUGAACCUGCACAACAACGAGGCCGGCAGGAAGGUUCUGGAGGACCGGAUGAAGCUGGAGUGUAAGUGUCACGGCGUGUCGGGCUCGUGCACCACCAAGACGUGCUGGACCACGCUGCCCAAGUUCCGCGAGGUGGGCCGCCUGCUGAAGGAGAAGUACAACGCGGCGGUGCAGGUGGAGGUGGUGCGGGCCAGCCGCCUGCGGCAGCCCACCUUCCUGCGCAUCAAGCAGCUGCGCAGCUACCAGAAGCCCAUGGAGACGGACCUGGUGUACAUCGAGAAGUCGCCCAACUACUGCGAGGAGGACGCGGCCACGGGCAGCGUGGGCACGCAGGGCCGCCUGUGCAACCGCACGUCCCCAGGCGCCGACGGCUGCGACACCAUGUGCUGCGGCCGCGGCUACAACACGCACCAGUACACCAAGGUGUGGCAGUGCAACUGCAAGUUCCACUGGUGCUGCUUCGUCCGCUGCAACACGUGCAGCGAGCGCACGGAGGUGUUCACCUGCAAGUGAGCCCCGCACC